AUGCCAACAGCCAGCUCGGCCGGUGAAUUCGUUUCCCGCAACGCCAGCCCUGAGCAUGCCUCUCGGUACUAUAGCUACUCGCCCGGUCUCGUCUGCUCUGACGCGUACGAGACUGCUGGCAUCUUCGCCAUGGACGGCAUCUCAGCCAGUGUGACGGUCGUCUUCAGGUCAACAUGGUUCCAGGACCCUGAAGGCGGCCCGACGCCCAUGCGCACGUUUGACUACUUUGGCGAGACGACAACCCAGACGGAGGACGUGUAUGCAGCCGUGACGUCGGGAACGAUCGGGCGCGAAUUGGUAGUCACCGCGGACGGGUUGGUCAUGGAGGGCGAUAGAAUCGCGCAUGUCACCGAUGAGCCGCUGCUAGGUAUGGUCCUAGCGCCGUCGAUCUUGAUGGCUGUAUGA